AUGCAGUGUCAACAGCAGCUUUAUAGGCAAGUGAUGGCUCCUUCGCCUAGGAAGACACGUACGUCUCCCCGCAAAAAAGCUUGGGCUUCCCCACCGAAAUCAGUUGGAAAGAGUUUUUCCUCGAUUUUUAGUGAUGCUGAUUUUUCUCCUCUUAACUGUUCUUGGGCAGAAGUCACCGCGAACGAUGAAUCUCUGAAUGCAAGCAUUCAAGAAAAUCUCUCAAAAAGUGAAUCACGUCGCGGUCGAAAAGCCAGUGUACCGAAGAAGAUAGAAGUUGUUGUAGAGAGGAAGACACGGACAGAAGAAACUUCUUUGCGAUCACGAGAGUCUCGUAAACGCCACUUGAGUGCUGCUUCAACGGCUACUUUGAAUGAGGAAUGCGAAGGAUGUUCACCCAUCAAGAAAGCACCACCAAAUGGGUCCAUGUCAAGUGGGCGACCUGCCAGGAAAAACUUGAAAACUAGCACUCCAUCAGGAAGUCCAUUCCGAAGCAGAUGUCUAUUCCCGUCUGAAUCAAAAAGUACAUCGUCUGGAGACUUCGCACCAAAAGACUCUUGGGAAGAUCCUACUCUGGGAUGGUGCAGAGAUCAGGCUACACUCGAUAGACGAACUAAGGAGAUCGAACGUGCUAAGGAGAAGCCCAUUUAUGCCCGAUACUUGGAAGAAAUCCCUCGACAUCUGCGCAUAAAAGGUGUUCAUCCCAGAACCCCAAAUAAGCAUAUCAACUUCAGUCGAAGAUCUUGGGACGUUCAGAUUCGCACAUGGAAACGUAGUCUAUACAACUGGGCCGGCGAGGAACCAUCAGAUUCUGUUAACACCUCGUUCUGCAGUUACAGUUCGGAUGAGCUGAAGCAGGAUGACAUAGAUCAGGAGAAUCGACCUCAGGCGGUACUCAAGAGCAUAACGGAAAUUGAAGAGAUACACGUGCGACCUGAAACCGAUGCAAUGGCCUCCUUGCUAGGUCGUUUCGACAUGGAUUCGCGUAGGGGAGAUGAAAGCACGUUAAAAGCGCCGAUGAAUGGACAGCGAUCAGAUGGACCGGUUGACUUCUCCACUUUGAGAGCUUAG